CUUUUUGUUGUAGUCUCUAGGGCGUCUCCUCUUUUUUUCGGCGUGGGGGGUUAGGUGGGCGUUGGUCCAGUUCCCAUAGCGGUGCGACUCGAAGCUGGGGGGGGGGAGAUUGAUGGGAUGCGACCAUGUCGGACCUCAGUGAGCGCCGGCCGGUCAAUACGGACUACGCUGUGUCCCUGCUGGAGCAGCUCAAGUUCUUCUACGAGCAGAAGCUGCUGACGGAUGUGGUGCUGCUGGUGGAGGAUGCCGAGUUCCCCUGUCACAAGAUGGUGCUAGCCACAUGCAGCUCCUACUUCAGGGCCAUGUUCAUGAGCGGCCUGAGUGAGAGCAAGCAGACCCACGUCCACCUGCGCAACGUGGACCCAGCCACCCUGCAGAUCAUCAUCGCCUACGCCUACACGGGAAACCUGGCCAUCAACGACAGCACUGUGGAGCCCCUGUAUGAGACCGCCUGCUUCUUGCAGGUCGAAGACGUGCUGCUCCAGUGCCGUGACUACCUGGUGAAGAAGAUAAACGCCGAUAACUGUGUGCGCAUGCUUAGCAUCGGCGACCUGUUCAGCUGCAGCGAGCUCAAGCAGAGUGCCAAGCGCAUGGUGGAGCACAAGUUCCCGGCCGUGUAUCGGCAGGAGGCCUUCCUGCAGCUGUCCCACGAGCUGCUUCUGGACCUGCUGAGCAGCGACAACCUCAACGUGGAGAAGGAGGAGACGGUGCGCGAGGCGGCCAUGCUGUGGCUGGAGUACAACAUGGAGGCGCGCUCGCAGCACCUGUCGUCGGUGCUCAGCCAGAUCCGCAUCGACGCCCUGUCCGAGGUCACCCAGCGCGCCUGGUUCCAGGGCCUGCCGCCCAACGACAAGUCGGUGGUGGUGCAGGGCCUCUACAAGUCCAUGCCCAAGUUCUUCAAGCCGCGGCUGGGCAUGACCAAGGAGGAGAUGCUGAUCUUCGUGGAGGCGGGGGCGGACCCCCCGCACGCGGCCGUCUGCUACAGCCCGCAGGCCGAGAAGGUCUACAAGCUGAGCGAUCCGCCAGGCGACCUGCAGAAGGUGGGCGCGCUGGUCACGCCGGACAACGACAUCUUCAUCGCCGGCGGCCAGAUCCCUCUCAAGACACCCAUCGCCAACCACGGCAAGGGCGGGCGGCUGCAGGCCGUCUUCCGCUCGGUUGACAGCUUCUUCUGGUUCGACGCACAGCAGAACGCCUGGGUGCCCAAGACGCCCAUGCUGUGCGCCCGCGUCCGGCCCUCACUGGUGCACUGCGAGGGCUACAUCUAUGCAAUCGGCGGCGACAACGUGGGCGGCGAGCUCAACCGCCGCACGGUGGAGCGCUACGACCGCGAGAAGGACGAGUGGACCAUGGUCAGCCCGCUGCCGUGCGCCUGGAACUGGAGCACGGCUGUGGCGGCCCACGACUGCAUCUACGUCAUGACGCACGACCUGAUGUACUGCUACUUCCCACGCGCCGAUGCCUGGGUGGAGAUGGCCAUGCGCCGCACCAGCCGCUGCUUCGCCUCAGCCGCCGCCUUCGGCGACCUCAUCUUCUACAUCGGCGGCCUGCACGUGGUCAGCAACUCGGGCGUCCGCCUGCCCACCAGCACCAUCGACGGCUCCUCGGUCACCGUGGAGAUCUACGACGUGGGCAAGAACGAGUGGCGCCUGGGCGCCAACAUCCCCGCCAAGCGCUACUCGGACCCGUGCGUCCGGGCCGUGGUGCUGCUGGGCUCGCUCUGCAUCUUCAUGCGCGAGACGCACAUGAACGAGCGCGCCAAGUACGCCAUCUACCAGUACGACGUGGAGCUGGACCGCUGGUACCUGCGGCAGCCCGUCUCCGAGCGCGUGCUCUGGGACCUGGGCAAGGACUUCCGCUGCGCUGUGGGCAAGCUCUACCCCUCCUGCCUGGAGGAGUCCCCCUGGAAGCCCCCCACGUACCUCUUCUCCCCGGACGGGGCUGAGGAAUUCGAGAUGGAUGGCGAGAUGGUGUCCCUCCCCCACGUAUAGCUCUUUCGGCCCUGCCCCUCCCCUUUUCCCAAAACCCCUCCGAACUG